UCUCAAAUUCUCUCUCUCUCUCUCGUUGGUCUUCUGGGAUGUAAGAUGUAAACACUUAGUUAUAUAAAUAUAUGUAUAUAUAAAUAUAAAAGAUGUAAACAGUUUAGAUUGUGAACUGAGUUACACUGCAGCAGUUCCCAAUCUAUGCUGCUAGAGAAAGGAAAACGGAUGCAGUUCACAGUACCAUAGACAAGCUAGCGGAGUUCGGCUUCAAAAGGUACCACUUUCAGACCAUAUCCGCGUGGUUUAUAACUUUUCUAUAUAUAUAUAUAUAUAUAUUUUACAGAUAUUUUUCUAACCUUACCCAUAUCUCUCAUAAUCAUAUCAAAAGACCAAACCGAAGAAUUGGUAUCGUGUGUCAAAUCCUUCUUCGAGUAGUGUCGAUUUUUUAAAUUCUAUCAAUACUUGAUUUCUUGCUUAACCGGAUAUGGAUCAUCACAUUUUGGUUUGCUGUGAGUUUGGAAUUUUCUUGAUACAAUUUCAGUCUUGUUUGCAAACUCAAAAAAGCUAGACACGAAGCAUCUUUGAUGUUUUGUUUAACGAUGACACGAAGCAUCUUUGAUGUUUUGUUUAACGAUGUUUUAUGCCGUUGGGAGCUUUCUCAUAUGGGGUUAAUUUGCUUCUUCAUUUUUUGGUAUGUAACCACGAGAGUUUUUUAAGGAACAUUGUUCGGUGAAGUUUCCAAAGAGAAGCCGUUGCGAUCACAACUCUGGCAUCUUCUCAAUCCAGUGCAUGCGCUGAUCCUUCUUUUUCCAAUCUCUGUUUGUGUUUGAGUUGGUCCCCAUCAUUAGUUUCAUGCCUUCCCAUUGAUUUUGGCUAACUUUUGAUUCAAAAAGGGGGGAAAUUUCCGAUGUAAUCUACUUUUACUAAGAAUUUCUUUGCCGUCGUUCAAGUGUCGGCUAUUAGAGAUGUGAGCAGCAAUAGCAUAGAAGGAAGAGGACAAAAUCAGCAAAGGUGCAGUACUACCAAUUUCUUGAGGAUUUUGAGCCAGCGCAUCCGCUAAAUUGAUAAAAAUCAACUACUUCACUUCACGUUGCAGAAGGAAAAGAAAGAUAAGGGUUGUUUGAAAAGGAUUCUUUUGAUUUUUGGUAUCUACGUUUGGAGUCAUACAACUUGAGAGAAAGGGAUGGAGAUCCAACAUUUCAGCCACGAGCAUCCCUUAGUAUUUAUAGAAGGUAUUGGCGAGAAUGAAGUAAUUGUUUGCACAGGGUGUGACGAACCCAUCUCGGAUGCCGCCUACAAAUGCUCUCAGUACUGUCACUUUUUCCUUCAUAAAUCUUGUACUGAACUCCAACGGGAGAUACAGCACCCCGUACACCCAAACCACCCUCUCGUUCUCAUAGCAUCGAAGCAUAGAGUUUGUGGGGGCUGUUGUAAGUCUUCCUCCAAAAGUUGUUUCUUUUAUUGUUGCGAUAAGUGCGACUUCAACUUUGACAUAAAAUGCGCUUCUAACUGGCAAUCCAGUCCUGAGGACGGUCACCAACACGUAUUCGUUCCUAUCUUGAAGCAGAUUCAGUUUACUUGUGAUAUUUGCGGUGUGGAUCACAGAAACUAUGCUCGUGUAUGCAGCAUCUGUCAACUCUUGGUUGAUAUAUACUGUGCUCGAUUAGCACGCACCGUUAAAAUUGCAGCACACAAACAUCACUUCCUCACUCUUAUAUUUUGUCUUGAUAAUCAAGUCAAGGAGCAAGAUGAUCAAGUACUCUGCCAACUCUGUUUUAAAACGGUCAACACCAAAUAUGGGGCUUAUUAUUGUAAAAUAUGUGGUUUCGUGGCCCACUUGAAAUGUGCAAAAUGGAAUUUGCUUCAGCAAUUUGACAACUUAGACUCGAGUGUAUAUAUCCAGUACUCGUCUAUGGAUUCGAUUGAUCCUGAAACUAAUGUUACCAAAGAGAUCAGCCCAAAAGAGGAUGAAAGAACUCGGGACCUUCUCGAAGAACAUCCCUUUGUAGGGAGACAUAACUUCGUCCUCACUGAUAAGAAACUCGAGGAUGACAAGUUGUGUGAGGUGUGUAUGCAAUCAAUUUCGAGCUCAUAUUACAGUUGUGCUACAUGUAGUGGGGAAUGCAACAUAUUCAUCCAUGAUAGAUGCCGUAAUCUACCCAUAACGAAGCGACACUUCCUUCACCGACACCGGCUCACUCUCUCAUUGCCUGACAAAUACAUUGGUAGGACCUUAAUUUGUAACGUUUGUAAGCAUCAGCGCCAUGGCUUCUGGUACAGGUGUGAUGAGUGUGACUACAAUCUUGACAUUCAUUGCUCUUUGAUUCCCAACAUCAUUAAAAAUGAAGGUCAUCAACACUCCCUUCGCCUUGCUAUAAGGCCUUAUGAUGAAAUAUGCAAUGGUUGCGAUAGUGCAAAUAAUACCAAGGGUAAAUUUGUAUGCAUCGAACCUGAAUGCAAUUUUGCCUUGUGUUUUGGAUGUGCAAUUCUUCCGCUCGUAGUUAAGUAUGAAUAUGACAGACAUGGUCUCCUCAAACUUACUUAUAGUGUAGAAGACGAUUCUGGAGAAUAUUAUUGUUUUAUUUGCGAGAAAGAAAGAAAUCCAAAGCAAUGGUUUUAUUAUUGUGGAGAAUGCGAUUUUGCUGCUCAUCCCAAAUGCAUUCUUGGGGAGUAUCCAUACAUUAAAUAUGGAUCUACUUUUAGAACCAAUCUUCAUAAGCAACAUCUCCUCACUUUUGUUCGGAAGACUCAGUUCUCCCCUCCGUGCGAUGGUUGCAACGAACCUUUUGAAGGUAUGGGCAUAGAAUGUAAGCAGUGCAGGUUUACUGUUCACUUGAGUGUGAGGUGUUUCAGAAAAUACGGGAUGUAAAAGAAUUGAAGAAGUGACUAUUAAAUAGCUAGUGAGAUUUUUAUUUUCCAUGUAUUGAAUGUGGCUAAUUGAUUUGGAUUGAUGUUUUUAUUUUCCAUGUAUUGAAUAAAUAUAGGUAGUUGAUCCAUAGGAUCGGUUUCCAA